GGAGCAUCUCCUCUCUGCGAUCAGCAUCACGGGCUUUAAUCGCUUCUUUUCUUCCAUCGCAGGAGGAGGCGUCUGUCUGUCCAACCUGUGGAGCGUCUGUCUUUCCGUCGGUCUGUCUCCGUCUGAUCGCUUCACUCCACACACACGUCGUCUUCAGAGUGCACUCGGAAGUUUUUGGAGACAAUAAACCGGUUUUGCUGCUCUUUGGGGGAAUCUCCAGUCAUCCCGGAAGACUCACCACAUUCUCGCCUCAAAGGUAGUUGAAGCAAACAGCAGCCGUGUGUGUGCGCGUAAUUUGGGAGCCAAUCAAGCAGCCAUGGAGGGGUUCAUGAAGGGUUUGUCCAAAGCCAAGGAUGGGGUCGUGGCAGUGGCGGAGAAAACCAAGCAGGGAGUGACUGGAGCCGCCGAGAUGACGAAAGAUGGGGUCAUGUUUGUCGGUACUAAAACAAAGGAUGGAGUCACAACAGUUGCAGGUAAAACUGUGACUAGUGUGACUCAGGUGGGCGGAGCCAUGGUUACCGGGGUUGCCACUGUGGCCCAGAAGACUGUGGAGGGAGCAGGAAACAUCGUCGCCGCCACCGGACUGGUCAAGAAGGAUCCUGCCAAACCAACUGAGGAUGCCUCACCAGUACAGACUUUGGCAGAGUCACCGAUUGACACCGACCCUGCUGAUGUUACAGAGGAGGACUCCGAUGACUGAACAGCUCGAGAGCUUCACAAUCAAAGAUCAAUGAACAUUCCAUGUUGCUCUGCCAAGUCCCGUCGUGCCUCGUUCUGGUCCUUCAUGGAGUCUGUGCUCAGCAUCUGUCUUUGUGUGUUUCUGUUACGUACGUCUGUACAGUAUAAAUGUUGUAGGGAUUGAGAGAUGUGUGAGUGUAUUUUGUGUGUGUGUGUGUGUGUGUUUGUGCCUUUUGCACAUCAGUCCUUAAAGGGACCUCAGGUGUGUUUCGUGUUUCGUCUGUGACCAGCCGUCAUUUGCAGUGAUUCCCUCCCACUGAGAAGACCACCUGGUCACUGUGUGCGUGUGUGUGUGUGUGUGUGUAAGUGUGUGCAUGUGUGUGUGUGUGUGUGUGUGUGUGUGUGUGUGUGUGUGUGUGUGUGUGUGUGUGUGCGCGCGUCUAUGUGUUUUCUGUGUGGCUAUGUCAAUAACUCAAACAUGAAAAUAUACCACAAUCCACAAACACCUAAGUGUCUAUAUAAAUGAACUAUUUACAGUGAUCUGUUUGAAAUGGAAGCAUAAUGAUGUUCUCUAUUUUUGUCUGUAUACUGUCACUGUUUUCUGCGGUGGACUUAAAAGUGCUGAGCUAUUUGUGCAUUCAUAUAAGUAUUUUUUAAGUUGUCACUGCUGUGAUGGAUAUAUAUCACACUGAAUGGACUUCUGAAAACCCAACAGCAUGUAAACUAAUAUUCAGCUUAACCGCUGUGUUAUGAAUUUAUUGGGUUUUAAAUGUUGAAUAAAAUAUGUCAAAUGUG